AAAAGGAAAAAUAAAAAGGAAAAAAACCCUAAUCCCCGGGUCGAUUCAGUUUCAUUUUUCAGCCUCGCGUUACCUAUCUUUCUCUCUCUCCUCUCUCUCUCUCUCUACACUUCCUUUUUGCACCUCUUUCCCUUUCUCUCUCUCUCUCUCUCUCUCUAUAUAUUUCUCUUCCGAAUUCUCAACACUCUGAAACCAUAUCCGAACCUCCAUUUUUGAACGAAAACGAAUUGGAUUUGACAGCGUCCUGUGUAUCCACCUAUCGAUCUGUUAGAGGGAUUAGAAAUUGAAGUUGAGGUCAUGUCUCCAGCAUCCAGAUCUAAAUCCAAAGACAAAAAGGUUGGCAAGGAACCUCCAAAGGGUUCUUCAAAGCCUUCAGGUCAUGUUAACACCAGCAGUGGGAUCCCGGCAAGUGGAUACAAUCCGCUUUUGGGAACAUUUCAUACAUUUGAGACAGCACCUGUGCCCUCUUCCAGUCCACUUCAUGUGAAUGGCCGUUUCCGUAACAUAGAUGAUACAGAUGAUCAUAAUGGGAGUUCAUUGGGGGGGAGUGGCAUUGAAUACGAUUCUGUUUCAAAUAACGGCAGCUGGUCUGGUGAGUCAGAAGACCAUAAAGAAAAAACAUCUCAUCCCUCACGUCAGGAGUCAGUACCUGGAGCUGACAAUGACAAAAGAGAGAAAAUACGCCAGAAGAAUGAGAGGAAACAUCAGCGACAAAAGGAAAGACGAGCUCAAGAGCUGCAUGAACGGUGCAGUGGCUAUCUCAUGUCCAGGAAGCUAGAAGCACUUGCUCAACAGCUUGUGGCUAUGGGUUUCUCUCAAGAACGGGCGACAAUGGCUCUUAUUCUGAAUGAAGGUAGAGUAGAGGAAUCAGUAGCGUGGCUUUUUGAAGGAGGUGAAGAAGACAAGCGCAAGGAACAUAAUCUUGAUGGUGGGGGGAAUUUGAAAAUUGACAUAUCAGAAGAGCUUGCACGGAUUACAGACAUGGAAAUAAGGUACAAGGCCUCCAAGCAGGAGGUUGAAAGAGCUGUAGUUGCCUGCGAAGGCGAUCUUGAGAAGGCUGAGGAAACAUUGAAGGCACAGAAGCUGGAGCCUCCUGCUACUCCUCCCAAGCCCGAAGAAACUGGUGAUCCUCCUAUUGUUGCCAAUGGCAAGCUGCCAGUUGCUAUUAGUCAGCAUGCAAUGCGGGUACAAACGAAGCCUACUUCAUCUGCCACCAUGCCACAGAAAAGGGACGAAAAAGAUUUCAAUUAUACUAAAGUUCCAGUAACAGUAGGGCCUUCUGUGGAUACUGGGACAAAAAACAUGCAGGCGUUGAAAAAAAUACCAGCUAAAUUGGAGUGGACCAAACCACAGCAGGUCACAGUGCCUGCAGAGAAAAGGUGGCCAAGUUCAGGAUCUAAUCCUUCUGUUUCCUAUUCAUUAGCAUCACCUUUGCAGGCUUCACCUCCUCCAUCCAAGACGGAAGCUCGUUAUCUGGCUGUUGGAAAUGAAUUGAAGAAUUUGCAGCUUGGAUCGGUUAGAGAACCGGUCAUUGUUAUGCAGCGACCUCAAUCCAUUAACGCGAAGCAGGUUCCUAGCUCAAGUGUUAGCUCAUCUCCACCUGGGCCGGCCGGGGGUUGGUAUCUCAAUGGUGUUGAUACGGUGAAGCCCAACGGGUUAGUGCCGCCUGUUGCUGUCUCUAGAAGUCUUAGCCCCAAUGGUGUUAGUUCAAAUCCAAUGUACAACCAACUCCAUUACCAACCACAGCAGCAUUUCCUAUCCAACAGUAGUUCAAUAGACUCCCAAGCAACCACGAGGGGAAAUGGUUUGUGGAGCAGAGGAAAUGCAUCGCCGACGCUUUCCGCCGCUUCCUCCCUUGGGCUCUUCUCUGGGCUGGGUGCUAAUGGUUCGUCUGGGUCCUCAUCUCCAGUGGACUGGAACACCGGCGGCUCGAUGUUGCAGUUUGAUUAUACCAGCAUAGACUGGAGUCUGGAUCUUGGGACAUUAACAUCAAGGCCCAAUGGCUUGUGGGGUGGUGCGAACUACUCUUUGCAAAACAACUCCCGCACAUAUGAUUCGUUUGCUUAUGGUCUGGGUGUGAAGUCUGCUAUGAGGCCAGUUUUAUCCAACGGGAAUGGUGGAUCGAUUCCUGGGUUACAAGAGGGGUUAGCUUCUUCAGAACAACCUGCUGGUGGUUCUCGGGAAUGGACUUCUCCUUUUGAAGAGAGAGAUCUUUUCAGUUUACCCAGACAGUUUGUUUCCUCCCCUUCUCUGUAAGAUGAAAGGCGAGGAGUUCUAAGAAUAAAGAAAGAGGAAAAAAAAGACAAGAAAUGUGCUUGCAUAUGAUGUUGGUGUUGGUUCAUCUGAUGCUUUUGCCCCUUGUUGAUCUUGUUAAUUGCCAAUCUUUAGUGGAAAAAGCAUCGAAAAAUUUCUUUGGUUUAA